AUGCUGGCGAGAACACGACCCGCUCUCGCCGCCGCUGACUCUGACACGCAGCCCUCCACCAGCGGUCGGGAUGAAGUGGACACCACUAUCACACACCGAGUGGGUAGGGCGGUGGCCCUGACCAUCGGUAUCGCCGCGACCGCCCUGAAGCGGGCUGAGGAACGAACCAUCGGGGACAAGUCCAUCAUCCCGGAAGCUACACCGAUAGGGAGACUGGUCAUUGGUCUGUACGGCAAUGCCGUACCCCGCACGGUGUCCAAUUUCCUCGCCCUGGUCGAGAGCGGCAACCUGGUUGGCACCACCUUCAGCCGGGUGCUGGCAGGGGAGUACAUCCAGGCGGGAAAGCAAGGGGCCCGGAGGCUGGGUGCGGUGGAGGUGCCGGCCUCUGUGCAGCCCAAUACCGAGGUGUCCGAGGCCUCCGCCUUCCGUCUGCCCCACUACCGUCCCGGCACUGUGUCUCUGGCCCUGGGCGAGAACGACGAAGAGCCCUCACUGCGACUGAGACCCGAGUACCGGCCCGUGGAGUUCCUCAUCACCACAGGUCCCGGUCCCGUGCCUCGCCUCAACGGUCAGAAUAUCGUGUUUGGUCGGGUGGUGGAGGGUAUGUCGGUGGUGGGACAGGUGGCCCAAGUGCCCGUGUUCGGACCCUCCCCGGUGGGAAACAGCCUGGCCUUCAACAGCUUGGCGGCGGCGAUCGGGGACGACCGGGCAGCAACCGUACGGCGAAAGUACGGCAAACCACUCAAGGCUGUCGUCAUUCUGGGAUCAGAAAUUCUGCCGUCUGGGGAAGAGGCGCCGAGUUCCGCUACCGCCGGGUAG